AUGUAAAACAGAAAAUACAAAUUGAAAAACAAUAACCCACCUCCUAAGAUACCAGAAGUUUACUCUGUGUCGCUAAGAGACUUUAACUUAUCAUAAGAUCUAGACUGGCUAGUGGACUUGAUUCAGUCUGAUCACAAAAUGAGUCAGGAGUCCUAAGCCUAGAACUGGAUUCAAGAAUUUCUGCAUCCCUAAACGAUCGAAAGCUUUCUUUAAGACCCUUGUGAGACCAUCAUGAAAAUCAUAUCUGAGCAUAUUCAAAGACAAUCUUUGCCUAAGGUGAUUGAGAGUAGUGAUAAGAUGGUAGGUAUGAUCUUUGUUUCAAAGCCGCAAACAGGUGUCUUUCUUUUGGAGAAGUUUUACCUAAAUUAUGUUAUGUUGCUAUACAAAAAGGAGACUUUGGUCUCACAGAUGCUUUUAGAUUUUAUUCGGUAGGACGAAGCUUAUCGCUAGAAACUAAAAGGCUUGUUCUCGAAGCUUAAGACUAUAUUGUGGAGCUUUAGAUACUAUUUGGAAAGCAUUGAAACAUCAGUCUAGAGAGACAGCGGCUUCACUUUGAUAAGAAAUCAGAGCAAAUGUGGUGGCAUAGGAAUCUAUCGAGUAUAUAAGUUUGUCAUCAGCAAUCCUAUGGUUAAUCAAAGGAUUGAGUUGUUCAAAGAAGAGUAGGAGCUUCUUGAUAAGAAACUUCAUGAUGGACAUCAUCAUUACAACGAAAGGCCAGUUAAGAAGAAGAUAGUAAUGUUGAAGGAAGAUUUAGAAUAGAAAAUGAAUGAACUUAAGAAGUCUUAUUCCCCAAAGAGAGCUAGACAUAAUCAUCAAAAUAAUCAUAAUAGAAGUGAUAACAAGAGUGUUAACAAAAGUAAUACUUCUAUAAACAAAGCCCCAUCUCUGCCUAACCUUCAAACUCAUAGAAAUAGUGCUGCUCUCAAUAACAAUCAUCAAAACUAAAGUUUCCAGAGCAUUCAGACAACCAAGAGUAUUGGAUUCAAUAAACAGCUCUUUAAAGUUUGGAAUUUCGUGCCAAGCAUUUAAGAGAGAUUUAAGAUCUCUUUAAGUACUCACAAAGAUAAAUUUGAUCUCCUUCAAAAGCAAAAGCAAAUGCUUAUCUCUGAUACUUCAAAUCAGUUCUAUAAUAGUCUAGUUGCCUUAAAUACGAAAAUUUUAGACUCUAACUCCGAAGACAUCAUAAAUGAAUAAUCAAGUAUCAAGAUCAUUUUUGCCGAACUCAUUUACCUUGACAAAUAAAAAUAGUGGAAUGGCCUUGUAGUCUCUCUAGCAGUCAACGAUGGUGAUGUCUCCUUAACACUUUAACUCCAAAUCAAAUCUACCAGAUAAAAUACCUUCAGCUUAAUUCUCAAAACCCUUAUCUAGGUAGCUUUCCCUGCAAGUUUUUUAAACUCCAGGACCAGAAGCACUUAAUAGAAUGAAGAUGAAGCCAUUACCUUAAAGGAAUCAUAGUAGGCUUAGCUUGAUAGCAAGUGGGAUUAGCACCAUCAAUUAAGAUACAUAAAGUAAAUAAAAUCUAUAUAGGAGUGUAAAUGA